AUGAGGAGUCUGACGCCGUGUCUGCUCUUGCGACUGGCAUUCCUCUACUUCUUUGUUCAUUCUUGCCAAGCCAAAACGGUUACGCUUGACUUUAAUGUUACAUGGGUAAACGCCAACCCUGAUGGCCUUUCUGAGAGGAAGGUAGUCGGCAUCAACGGACAGUGGCCGCUGCCCAUCAUUGAAGUGGACAAGGGUGAUCAGCUGAUUGUCAACACCUAUAAUGGCCUUGGUGAUAAGUCAACCUCCAUCCAUUGGCAUGGAAUGUUCCAAAAUGGAACAAACAACAUGGACGGGCCAUCAAUGGUGACUCAAUGUCCUAUUCCGCCUGGAGCUUCAUACACCUACAAUUUCACUGUCAACCAAAAUGGAACUUACUGGUAUCAUUGCCACACCGAUGCCUGUUAUCCGGAUGGAUACCGUCAAGCCUUGAUCGUGCACGAUAACAGCUCAUACUUCCAUGACAUGUAUGAUGAAGAGUUCACGGUCACGGUCAGUGACUGGUAUCAUGACCUUGUCGAGGAUAUCAUGCCGUCAUUCAUCAAUCUGGCCAAUCCCACUGGUGCCGAGCCAAUUCCUCAGGCUUUCCUCUUCAACGAUACUUUGAACAGUAGCAUUUCCGUCGAACCUGGCAAAACAUACCUGUUCCGGUUGAUCAAUAUUGGAGCCUUCGUUGCGCAAUAUUUCUACAUCGAAGACCAUACCUUCCGCAUCGUUGAGAUUGACGGAGUGUAUACUGAGCCCACCGAGGCCGAUAUGCUCUAUAUCGCAGUUGCGCAGCGAUACUCCAUCCUUUUGACCACGAAGAACUCGACGGAUAAGAACUACCCAAUUGUGACAGUUGCCGACUCUGUCCUCUUGGACACUAUCACACCAGAGCUCAAGCUAAACCAGACAAACUGGCUUGAAUACAAUUCCAAGGCGGCCCAUCCCCAAGCUGUCAUGACCGUGGACGUCGCCUCAGACCUCAAUCCCUUCGACGACUUCACCCUGGUUCCCUACGACAAGGAGCCUCUGCUACCAGACGCCGACAUGACCAUUGACCUGACCGUCAUCAUGGACAACCUUGGCGAUGGAGCCGGCUACGCCUUCUUCAACAACAUUUCCUACACAAGGCCCAAAGUCCCAACCCUCUACUCCGUCCUCUCCUCCGGAAACCUCUCCACAAACCCCGAAGUCUACGGAGAAUACACACAUCCCAUAAUUCUGGGCCACAACCAAGUCGUAGACAUCGUCCUCAACAACGGCGACACCGGCUCCCAUCCAUUCCACCUUCACGGACACUCGUUCCAAGUGAUCGAGCGCUUCCCUUCAUACGGAGAGCACUUCUACGACUAUGCCGACGGUGACGCAGUCACCUACGACCCAUCCAACCACACUGCCUUCCCCGAAUACCCCGCAAGACGCGACGUGCUCGUUCUUCCUCCGCAGGGCUACUUCGUCAUCCGCUUCGUGGCCGACAACCCAGGUGUCUGGUUCUUCCACUGUCACAUCGACUGGCACUUGUCGCAGGGCCUGGCAGUGACGCUGAUUGAAGCGCCUGAGCAGUUGCAGGAGCGCAUGACCAUCCCCGCGGAUCAGUAUAAGGCCUGUGAUGCGGCUGGUGUGCAAUAUGAAGGAAACGCUGCUGGUAACACUGAGGACUACCUCGAUCUGACGGGCCAAAAUAAGCAGGUUCCUUGGUUGCCUGCUGGGUUCACUGCUAAGGGUAUUGUUGCCAUGGUGUUCUCUUGUAUUUCGGCGUUCUUGGGCAUGGCUUGCAUUUCUAUUUAUGGAAUGUCGGGUAUUCAGCAGAGCAAGAAGAAAAAUGAGGCCCAGGAUGCGGUGGUUAGCUCAGGGUCAUCUUGA